AUGGGCUGUCUCGGAAACAGUAAGACCAAGGACCAGCGCAAUGAGAAGAAGGCGCAGCGCGAGGCCAACAAAAAGAUCGAGAAGCAGCUUCAGAAGGGCAAGCAGGUCUACCGGGCCACGCACCGCCUGCUGCUGCUGGGUGCUGGAGAGUCUGGUAAAAGCACCAUUGUGAAGCAGAUGAGGAUCCUGCAUGUUAAUGGGUUUAAUGGAGAGGGUGGCGAAGAGGACCCGCAGACUGCCAGGAGCAACAGCGAUGGAGUAUAUUAUCCCUAGAUGGUGGUUCCCGUUCUCUUCCCGUUUCUCUCCUUCCUGGCCAUGUCCCGUCACCCUUUGCAUGCUGGGAUUGCCCUUCUUGGGAACUUCUA